CGCCGUCGUCCUGGACAAACGGCCUGUUGAUCCGAACGAGCAAAUCUGGGAACCUUGACAACCCAACAGAUUUGACGCGGUAGACUUUAAAUUUGGCUUUUGUGGCUGAAACAAGCCAACUCUGUUCCUGAGACAGCCGCAACCGAGCUUGAAGGCAGGCUUAUCCAAAACCCCACCGCACACCCCCAGUCUCGGAAACAGAAAGCAACAAGAAACAAACAGCACAAAGCAUGGCGUCACAACUGCCGCUGCCGCCAUCGGGGCAGCCGGCCCGAGCCCAGUUCGUGCUCUCGCGCGCGACGCCGGCCGACGCGGCGGCCAUCGCGGCGGCAGAGUACACGUGCUUCGACGACUACAUCCGCGAGGUCUUCAUGGGCCUCAAGUCCGAGGCCGACGUGCCGCUUCUGGCGGCCCGGUACGCGCGCACCAUGCGCGAGGACCCGCACGACGUCUGGAUCAAGGUCGUCGAUGCCGAGAGCGGCACGCUUGCCGCCGCCAGCAACUGGAAGGUCUAUCCUAGCCGCAUGCCCGAUGAUGCGGGCGACACGACCCCUGACUACCUCGUGGACGAGGCCGCCAGGGCACGGUCCAAGCUAGUGAUGGAUGGGGUGAACCGCGCGAGGAGGAGAGCGAUGGGGGACGUGGGCGGGUUCGUCCACCUGCACAUCUGCUUCACGGUCGCCGAACAUCGACGCCGAGGCGCCGCGGCCUUGAUGAUGCGUUGGGGCUGCGGCCUCGCCGACCAGCUGUCGGUGCCGGGCUACGUGGAGGCCUCGCCCGACGGCACCGCCUUGUACAAGUCCUUUGGCUUUUACGAGAUUGAAAGGGCCAACGCCGGCGAGCUGGACGCCGUUAAUAUGAAGCGGGACGCCGUCGCCGUCGCCGCCGCCGCCCGCGCAUAGUUACGAAAGACAAAAAAAAAAAAAAAAAAAAGAUAAUACGAGCGGGAACGGCAACGGAGUCGGGUGUUUGAGGUGCCAAGCGAGGGCUCGCUAACGAGAUAUUUCAUGUCCCGUGGCCCCUUGCUGGAUGUGGGCUGUCACUGCCGCCCCGACUAGGUUGGCACGAUGCAAAAUUGCGGUAAUCUUGUGGUUUGCCACCCCGUCCCGUCUCGCGCAUUUUAAAUAGUCGUUAAGCUUGAAUAUACAGGUCCCGGGGAUCUAGUGCGGUGGAUGCAAGAUACAUUUUCUUCCUUAGAAAACCAAGCCAAACUGAUGUACCACCAGGAUCCACCGUACUAAGGUUUGUGAUCCCUGGGAC